AUGCAGUUCACCAUAUUUGUUCUCGCUUUGAUCACUGCAUCAGCUAUUGCUGCACCUCUCAAAAACACUGAUGGUUUGGUAGCCAGGAGUGUCCCUGCCGGUGGUGCAGGCUGGGGAGGUGAUGACUUUAAGAGAAGUGUUCCUGCCGGCGGUGCAGGCUGGGGAGGUGAUGACUUUAAGAGAAGUGUCCCUGCCGGCAGUGCAGGCUGGGGAGGUGAUGACUUCAAGAGGAGUAUGCCAGAUGAUGUCAAGACCUGA